AUGUGGGACUCGAUGGGGUCUAAGGAGAAAAUUGAUGGCAUUCGGGGAUCAUUGGACUUUUACUGCAAUGGCGUGGAUCGGAUAGUUUCUUUGAUAGGUUCUUUGAUAGGUUCCUUGAUAGGUUCUUUGAUAGGUUCUUUGAUAGGUUCCUUGAUAGGUUCCUUGAUAGGUUCUUUGAUAGUUUUAUUGAUAGGUUCCUGGAUAGGUUCCUUGAUAGGUUCUUUGAUAGUUUCAUUGAUAGGUUCUUUGGUAGUUUCCUUGAUAGGUUCUUUGAUAGGUUCCUUGAUAGGUUCUUUGGUAGUUUCCUUGAUAGGUUCUUUGAUAGGUUCUUUGAUAGGUUCCUUGAUAGGUUCCUUGAUAGGUUCUUUGAUAGUUUUAUUGAUAGGUUCCUGGAUAGGUUCCUUGAUAGGUUCUUUGAUAGGUUCCUUGAUAGGUUCUUUGGUAGUUUCCUUGAUAGGUUCUUUGAUAGGUUCCUUGAUAGGUUCUUUGGUAGUUUCCUUGAUAGGUUCUUUGAUAGGUUCUUUGAUAGGUUCCUUGAUAGGUUCCUUGAUAGGUUCUUUGAUAGUUUUAUUGAUAGGUUCCUGGAUAGGUUCCUUGAUAGGUUCUUUGAUAGGUUCCUUGAUAGGUUCUUUGGUAGUUUCCUUGAUAGGUUCUUUGAUAGGUUCCUUGAUAGGUUCCUUGAUAGGUUAUUUGAUAGUUUUAUUGAUAGGUUCCUUGAUAGGUUCUUUGAUAGGUUCUUUGAUAGGUUCCUUGAUAGGUUCUUUGGUAGUUUCCUUGAUAGGUUCUUUGGUAGUUUCCUUGAUAGGUCCCUUGAUAGGUUCUUUGAUAGUUUUAUUGAUAGGUUCCUUGUUAGGUUCCUUGAUAGGUUAUUUGAUAGUUUUAUUGAUAGGUUCCUUGAUAGGUUCCUUGAUAGGCUCUUUGAUAGGUUCAUUGAUAGGUUCUUUGGUAGUUUCCUUGAUAGGUUAUUUUAUAGGUUCCUUGAUAGGUUCCUUGAUAGGUUCCUUGAUAGGUUAUUUGAUAGGUUAUUUGAUAGGUUAUUUGAUAGGUUCCUUGAUAGGUUAUUUGAUAGGUUCCUUGAUAGGUUCCUUGAUAGGU